AUGUUCCGAAGCGCAACCAAGCUGCGGGCUGCCGAGGCUGGAGCAUUGCGAUCACUCGCAUAUGCAAAGGCCAACCCCUCAUUCUGCUGUGCCCGCAGUGCCCGUCCGCUUUCCAACGCCCGGUACACGCCAUUGAAGACACAGGCCGCGUUCCAGCGCCGCCAAUUCAGCUUCACCAGCAGCAUGGCCAACACACGAACCGAGAGCGAUGCCUUUGGCGAAAUCCAGGUGGCCUCUGACAAGUACUGGGGCGCCCAGACGGAGCGCUCGCUGGAGAACUUCAAGAUAAAUCAGCCCCAGGACCGCAUGCCGCCGCCAAUCGUGCGUGCCUUUGGUAUCCUCAAGGGCGCCGCUGCGACUGUCAACAUGAAGUUUGGGCUGGACCCAAAGCUUGGAAAGGCUAUCCAGCAGGCGGCCGACGAGGUUGCCUCGCUCAAGCUCAUCGAUCACUUCCCGCUCGUUGUCUGGCAGACUGGCUCUGGCACCCAGUCCAACAUGAACGCGAACGAAGUCAUCUCCAACCGCGCCAUUGAGAUCCUCGGUGGCACCAUGGGCACCAAGAAGCCUGUUCAUCCCAACGACCACGUCAACAUGUCCGCCUCCUCCAACGACACCUUCCCCACCGUCAUGCACAUUGCCGCCGUCCUCGACUUUGAGGAGUCGCUCCUCCCCGCCCUCACCAGCUUACGGGAUGCUCUGAAGAAGAAGUCUGAGCAAUGGGAGAGCUUGAUCAAGAUUGGCAGGACACAUUUGCAGGAUGCCACACCUCUGACCCUGGGUCAGGAGUUCUCUGGCUAUGUGGCGCAGCUGGACUUUGGCAUUGAGCGCAUAAAGACAUGCCUGCCACGCCUGAAGAUGUUGGCACAGGGAGGAACUGCUGUCGGAACCGGCAUCAACACAUUCAAGGGCUUUGCCGAGGAUAUCGCUUCUGAAGUCAGCAAGAUGACUGGCAAGGACUUUGUUACCGCACCAAACAAGUUCGAAGCGCUCGCUGCCCACGACGCCAUUGUGGAGGCUCACGGCCAGCUCAACACCCUCGCUACCUCUCUUUUCAAGAUUGCCCAAGAUAUACGUUUCCUCGGCUCCGGCCCACGAUGCGGUCUCGGAGAGCUCAAGCUACCUGAGAACGAGCCGGGUUCCUCUAUCAUGCCUGGAAAGGUUAACCCCACCCAAUGCGAGUCUCUGACCAUGGUUUGCGCUCAGGUUUUUGGUAACCACGUAGCCACCACCUUUGCCGGAUCGCAGGGUAACUUUGAGCUGAACGUGUUCAAGCCCGUCAUGAUCCGCAACCUGCUCCACAGCUCUCGUCUGCUCGCGGACGGCAUGAGGAGCUUCGAGAAGAACCUGGUUGCCGGUCUAGAGGCGGAUGAGAAGCGUAUCAGCUCCAUCAUGAGCGAAAGUCUCAUGCUUGUCACCUGCCUAAACCCCAUCAUCGGUUACGACGCUGCCAGCAAGACCGCGAAGCACGCACACAAGAACGGCCUUACGCUCAAGGAAGCAGCGCUCAAGCUCGAGGUCAUCAGCGAAGCAGACUUUGACAAGUACGUCCGACCGGAGCUGAUGGUCAACCCUUCAGAAUACAAGCCCAAGAAAUAGAGACUCUCGGGGUAGUGUACAUGGAUGAUAGAAAAAAGAAUGCAAGUUAUACUUUUAUGGGCGUUCUAUGAAGCGAGCGCUCCCUUUUCU